AUGUUGCGGCCAGUCAGCAGUGAGAUGGCUGCCGUCGACCGGGAAGUGAGUGGUACUGAAGUCUCGUUUGAGCAGGCGGUUGAGGAUGGGAUUAGUCCCUGGCCUCCGCCGCUGACUCAAUGGUUGCUGGACCGGGAAAGAGGCCGCGACGACGAGGCUUGGAGCGGGCCCCUCUGGGUCACCCAGCCGAGAACUCGUGGAGCGCUUGCAGCUUGCAAGGGGCUGGAACCGUUUCGGGUGUUGCUGCCCUUUGCUUCUCGCAUGAAUGGUGAGUUUGUUGACGUGACUGAGAUAGCGUUCCUUCUUAUGAGGGCUGAGAUCCAAGAUGGUCUCAAGGGCUUUGGCCGUGAAGAACAGCUAUGGCAACUGAAGAUGCGGUUCGCGCAAGAGCUUGUGGAUGGCGCGGAUGGUGAGGAGGAGAGGGAGGUGCGCCUCUCGACCCUUCUCACCAUGGUGGAGGAACGAGGAGGCAAGCUGUCGGGAAAGAAGGAGAAGCUGUUCAGACGAGCUGGAGCAGUUUCCCUGUUGAGUGGUGCUUUGGGAGGGCUAUCCUCGCCUACUGGGGCGGAAGGCCUGAUUGUUUCCCUUACGGAGCAGACCAAGGCUGCGGUGGAGGCUCUGCAGAAGUCCCGGAAAAGAGACAAGCCUCGGUCGACCAUCCAGAUCUCGCCCAAGGUUACCUGGCCCGUGCUGGAUGAUGACUCCACUGACCAUAAGUCGGUGAUGGACUUUUGUGACCAAUUUGAGUCGACGGUUCAUCUAGCAAAUGAUGGGCAGGGUAUGUCAGACCUGGAAGUUCUGAUCACCCUCCGGGCAUGUCUGCGACAACAUCGUUUGAAGUCCUACGACCUGCUGUACAAGCGAGGUCCGAGCAACGGAACAGUGAAGUCGGACCCUGGGAAGGUUUAUCAGGAGAUCAAGACGAAACACCAGCUGUUCUCGGAAACUCAGGAGGAACGCGGGUUGCAGGUUUUGGAGGCUAGGGACCAAUUGUCCAAGGGACGGCUGACCGCCCACCAGUGGGAGACUGCGUGGGGGAAGCGGCUGUCUGAGCGCGAAGCCGUGGGAAUGACGGCUCGUGAGACCCUGUUGCAGUAUCUUAAGACAGUAGGCCCGGAGCUCUCGAAUGAGAUUCGGCGGGACAAAAGGUACCGGAGCGACGGGCUGGGGGCACCUCUUUUCGGAGCUGUGCUACCUGGGAGGCACGGGGUUGUCAGCGAAGCAGAAAAAGUUGUUGGCGAAGGCGGAAAGGAUGCUUUGAUAUGCGAGACCAUGGGUCUUGUAAGCAUGGCGAUAAAUGACGGUUCUCGCAUGAGAAGAGGCUGGUGGGGGCAGCCAGAAAUGCGAAAAAGGAAGAGGAGCGGGGCCGUAAUACGUUCGUCAGAGCCGCUGGCUCUGGCGAUCGUCGGCGCCCGAGCCGGCCUCCGAGCCGAGGGAAAGGAGCUGAGAAGAGCCUCCCUUGCCGUGUCCUGA